GUGGAGUUUAUCCUCUACUGUCAGGGUGCCAGCCACAGGAGGCGGCCAGGAUAAGGGCAUUUCCAGGAGUAGCGUCUUUGCCAUCUUGGAGGAAAGGAGCUUUCUCCAGAGCAGGAGAAAGAGGCCGGGCGUCUGCAGCAGGCCGAUUUAUUGGCUCCCCAAGGGGAAAGCAGAGCUGCCACCUUGGAGAUCUCCUUUCCCCCUCCUGCCUGGUCCUAAGAAGUGAACGGAGGCAGUGGGAAACUCUGCCAGGCCUAGGGGGGAGAAACCUCGCCCCGUGACCCUGCUCCAUACCUCUUGCUGGGGAUUUUGUGGAAGAGAAUCACACACACACACACACACACACACACACACACCAGGACAACUGCUCUCUGCCUAGACUGUGCUUUGGACCAUGGGCAAUGGCAUGAACAAGAUUCUCCCUGGGCUCUUCCUCGGCAACUUCAUAGAUGCCAAAGACCUGGAUCAGCUGAGCAGGCACAAUAUCACCCACAUCGUCUCCAUCCAUGAAUCCGCACAGCCAUUUAUUCCGGGAAUCAUCUACCUCCGCAUUGCUCUGCCGGACACACCAGAGGCCAACAUCAAGAAGCACUUCAAGAAAUGCAUCCAUUUCAUCCAUUCCUGUCGCCUGCGUGGAGGGAACUGCCUUGUUCACUGCCUCGCAGGGAUCUCCCGCAGCACCACCAUCGUCCUCGCGUACGUCAUGGCCGUGACACUGCUGAAUUGGCACGACGCCCUGGAGGCCGUCAAGGCAGCCCGGCCGGUCGCCAACCCCAACCCGGGUUUCCGUCAGCAGCUGGAGGAGUACGGGGGCAGCCGGUCUGUGAAGAAGAUCCACCGGAGACUUGAGCGCAAGUAUGGAGCGUCGCCUUUUAGUGACGAAGAGGACAUCAGAGCCCUGCUCCCACCUGGAAAAAGGCACCUGGUCCCCAGGGGAGAUGGGACUCCACAGACCCUGGUGCCAAAGGGCAGAGGAGCCAAGCACACGGACCCCUUUCUGCUGCGGAUGAAGCAGACCUUCUCCUGCCUCCCUGGGUGUUUGAAAUGACCCCCCUCUCCAGGCGUUUUUUGGGGGAAAGCACAGAAGCUUAGCACAUCGGACUGGUUGGAGUCAAAACCUGGCAAGGGCUGUUCCAUCUCCUGGGAUCACGAAAUGCGCUGGGCUGAGAAACCGGCAGCACCCACGAGUAGCCACCCAGAUCCACGUGGUCCACCCACCUCAGUCCCUUUCACUCGCUGAAACGGAGGGAACUGUUAGGAGAGCCCGGCCCCAAGGGACUUCUCUGCAGGUUCAGAUGGUUAAAAAAUGCCAGGCACAAAGGUCGCCAGCUUCAGUGACCGGCUGAGGAGUGGGAGCCAAGGCAUCCCAGAAACAGAUGGUUCUUUGGGGAGUUCCCCCCCCCCUUGCACGGGGUUGGACUAGAUGACCCUUUGGGAUCUCUUCCAACCCUACACUUCUAUGAUUCUAUUAUCCCGAGAAAGAACAAUUCAGGGGCUUCAGCCGUUCGAGAAAUUACAACCAAGUGGGUGCCUUUUUAUUUUUAUUUUUUUCGCCAAAUGGAGAUGGUUCUUGCACAACAAACGGCUUCCUCAUCCAGAUGGUGCGUCAGGUCUCUCAGCUGCGAGUGUAGGUGGGUGCGAUUGACAGAAGUGAAAAUAGCAGGAUGGAGUGGAACAAAGCAGUCAUUAGCCGAUGAGCAGAGACUCCAACAGUUGGACCGAAGGAAGAAUUUUGGCCGGUGCAGUUUGUCCCGUUACUCCCAGACGACGGCGAGAGAAGCUGCGCUUUGCCAAAAUUCUCUUCUGCACAGGGGCUUUCCAAGCACUUCCUUUACCGAAUGAACCGUUACACCCAGCGGCCUCCUUCCCGACAGCGCAGGAAGCUGGCUGCCAGCGACAAACAGAGGUGGGUGGGUUCCCCCCCACCGCCACUUUGACCUAACCCUGCCCUCUGCUGUGCUCUUAGACCAAACAGCUUUCCACGCUGAGCAGGAGAGUUAGAGCCCUGGUCCAAUUCCCUAGGCCAGAGAGCUGAUGCGCUCUGAUUAUUUCCUGCCGGCCUGCUGUGGGAAUGCGAGCUUUUAAAAUGCUUCUUAGCGAAGGUCCUUCCGUUCGUUAGAAUGCAAAAAAGGCAGGCAUCAUCGCCGCCAUCAUCAUCGCCGUCCCCGGUGGGACAAAAAUGAUGAAUUUGCCGGCGACUCAGCAGUCCAAAUUGCACUUCCCAAGGGAGCGAUCGUAAAGGAUGUGCCACACUAAUGAUCAGGGUAAAAAAUGGUGCUGUGCUGUGCACACACACACUCCACCCCCCCACUAGCCUGCUAAGCCCCAUUCUCUCAGGCUAUUAAACCCCUUCCUGUGCACUGGGGGCUGGAGGACCCCCUCUGGAGCAAGAUCUGGAUGGGCAGGGGGGCUGCAGGAGGGGGGCAGAAGAAGGAGAAGCCACAUCAGCACGCAGGCAGAGGUUUGCUUGCUCAACAUCUGAUAUUUGUGGCCACAACAUCAAGACAGAUUUUUUUCUAUGCUCACCCAGACCUCCUCCUUUUUAACAUUGCAACUUAGGGAAAGUUCUGGGAAACUUGAAGGCUUGCUUCCUCUUGUGACGCUUCACUGGGUCCUAAUAAAGGCGAGGCCCAGUUGUGGAUGUCGGAAUUUUUCUUAAGGGCUGGUAAACUUCCUUUAAUUUUUGUUUAACAGAGAGAUUGGUAUUGCGCGUGCACACGCACACACACACACACACACACACACGGAUGAGUAUGGGUAGAGUUAGGGAACAGUUCUUUCUGGCAUUUGUUAUCCCGGGGAUAACCAAACAGUUAUACCUUUUUAAAAAUAAUAAUAAUAA